CUAUUUCAGGUGGGGUUCAGAGGGAAAGAGGUCAAAAGGUCACUGCACCCUGUCAGUGGGGCUCAGAGAGAUCGGGAACCUCCAGCUCCCAGAGAAUAACAUGAACAUCCUGGAGCAGUGUUGGAAUAAUAAGCAAAAAGGGAAUCCCCAAACUCUGGGCGAUCUCUGCAGCAUUCCUUCCUGUUUGUUGUCAUGGUGCCAGCGGAGCAGCUCUGCUAUAAAAGGUCGUCUCCUCCAGGCUGCUCGGCCAGAACGACAAAAAGAUUACAACCUUCUGCAACGCCACCGCCAGAGAGGAGGGAAAAUUCAACCACAACCAAAGGAGUCGACUCAAGACAAUUGAAGUGAAAACAAGUUAACUGGUACCACAGGAUGUCAGAGCUCGCAGCAUCUUUGUUUUUCUGCAUUUCAAUACAGAUGUUUACACUGGUCUGGUCCCAGGUGUGCCCUCAGAGGUGCCACUGCCCCCAGGAUCCUGCCCUCUGUGCCCCCGGGGUGCCCCUCAUCCUGGACAACUGUGUCUGCUGCCUGGUGUGUGCCGGUCAGAAAGGAGAGGUGUGCUCUGAAACAAAGCCGUGCGACACUCGUAAAGGGCUGCGGUGUGACUACACAGCCGACAUCCACAAGAGGACCGGCGUCUGUGUGGCUCAUGAGGGAGACGUGUGUGUUUUGGACGGUUCUGUCUACCAGAACGGACAGACGUUCUUCCCCAGCUGUAAGUACCAGUGUAUGUGUCGUGAUGGGCAGAUCGCCUGUGUGCCGCGCUGCAAUGUGGAUGUGAUGCUGCCUGGGCCGGACUGCCCCAUGCCCAGAAGAGUUCAGGUGCCUGGAGAAUGCUGCGAGAAAUGGGUUUGUGAACCCCAGGCUGAGGCCAGUGCACUGGGCGGCUUUGCUAUGGCUGCCUACCGUCAGGAGGAGACGGUGAGUUUCGAUGCCUGGGACCCCAGCCUCAACUGCAUUGAGCAGACCACAGAGUGGGGCGCCUGCUCUCGGACCUGCGGCAUUGGCGUGUCCACCAGAGUGACCAAUAAGAACCGGCGAUGUGAAAUGGUCAAGCAGAGUCGGCUGUGCAUGGUCCGACCCUGUGAUGACCAGCUGGACCAGACACAGCUGACACAGCUUGCCCCCAAGAGAGGCAGUAAGUGUCAGAGGAUGGUGAAGAGCACCAAAGCCAUCCAGCUCUCCUAUAAGAACUGCACCAGUGUCCAGGCCUUCAAGCCUCGCUACUGUGGCUCCUGUACAGACGGUCGCUGCUGCACCCCUCACAGCACCAAGACCGCUCUGCUGCAGUUCCAGUGUGCCAACGGUAAAACUGCCAGGAGGCUGGUCAUGGUGAUCCAGAGCUGUGCCUGCCACCACAGCUGCCCCCAAGACAACGCCGUGUGGCAGGCCUCAGACCUGGCAUACAGCGGCAUGAGGCUAUAGGCUCACAUUACACACCCAAAUUGCAUAGCAGUUGAAAAGCUGAAAAGCCCAUUUCUAUGAGAAAAGUUUCGCUGCACUGUGCUACAUGUCUGUGAUAAGAUGAAACGUGGUUUAGGGAACCAUUUUAAUGUGAUGUGGAGGUAUAAUGUCAGGCUAUUUUCAUCUAAUUGUUUGUGGGUGUCAGAUGCCUCCCUGCAGGUUGUGAUAGUUGGGACUCCGAAUCAGGAUGCUUAUAGUGCAGCAUCCAACUGCACAGACGAUGGAUGGAUCAAAUAGGAUGUAAGCACUUAAAUUUGUUGGUACAUGCUGAUGUGGACUUCUUAAGCCAGUAAAGACUGAAGGAAGAAUAUACCACAAGAAACUGUAUAAAAGUGUAGAGACACAGAGGAGUGCAGUGUCCUAUGGGGCCUGUAUAUUAGUAGAGCUAGUUGGAGCCACCAGUGAAUCUGAUUCACUGGCAUUCUCAUCGGGGAGCCACUUGUUAUUUUCUAAAAACAAACGUUGCAGCUCAUCUAUUUAAACUGUUCCUCUCAGCCCUGUUUACAUCGCAAAGAUGGAUUUAGUAAUGCACCAAAUGAAUACCUUCAAAUACAUUGUAAAAUACAUCUCAUGGAUCCUCAUCUUUUUACAAAGUAUGAAGGUUAUUUUGCUCUCUUUGAUUUAGGCAGAGAUGCACGGAUGAAGAAGGGAUAUAAAAUGUGAGUAUUCCCAGCAGUUACCUUUUGGGGGCGCUGGCAUGGAAUUACUCCAGUUCCGCCGCCUGUUAUACAAAUGUGUAUAUGCUGGAAUUUGUCAUGAGUGUCUGACCUGCAAAAGUGAAAGGUCAUUCUCAUCACAUAAUGCAAGUUUCUGCAGCUGCUCGAAAUUGCACCACUAACCUAUGAAAAUCAACAUUUCCUCAGUCUACAAAUGAAAAUGUGUAUUUUCUCACAUUUUUCUAUUGCUUGAUGGUUUUUCCAAAGUCUCAGUAAAGGACACAAAUACCUGGCGUAGAGCUAGUUUAAAUAAAUGUGUAUCAAAUGCACAACUUUAUAGCUAUGUAAAUAUUAUUUAUAUAUAAAUGUGUUGUUAACCUUUCAGUUGUACUGCUUUUUCAGACUGCUUAUUAUGAAUUACUUUAUAUGAACAGUGAACAUAUUCUGUAUUUGGAAAUAAAGCAUUAUUUUUUAUAUAUACA